UCACACGGGCAGGGAUAACUGUUCUUCUCUGACUUUGCCCGAGCGUCGCUCGAGUUUGGUGGGUUCGUCGUCCCCCGCGGUGAGCGAGAAUUUCGUGGCGUCAAGAUGGCGUCGUCGUCGGUUCGUCUCUGCACUGCAGUCGGGUUUGGUGUUUAGUGCGGUGAUACUAGUACUGUGCCGGUCGCUGUGCUGUGGUGCUGCUUCAAACUGGGGCUGGUUUGGGAGCGAGGUGUUCGAGGGUAAGGGUCGCGGGCGUUGUGCGGCUGGGAGGCGGCUAUCGAGGCGAGGCGAGGCGAGUCGACGCGAACUAAAGCAGCACCGAUUUAAAGAGGGUUUGUGUGGCUCGCUGCUCGCCUCUGCUCCACUCCUCUCACCUCACCUCCUCUCCUCUCACCUCGCGUUUGUGCGGCGGGCGGGCUCAGGUGGCUGCCGCGAGUGCUUCAGAUCCUUAUCUCCUUGCUGCUACGGGGCCGUUUGGAGUUUGGAGUUGUUGCCGCUGGCUUGGAUGGGGUUGCGGGAGCAGCGGGUGGAUGAGGAGGGUGCAGCGGAUCGGAGGUGAUCUGGCCAUGGGGUAGAGUGGUGGAGGUGUAUGGUAUGGAGGCCUCCCGUGACGCUGGCGGCGGCGGGCGGCGGUUGGGGGAGGCGGAGGCGCAGGCGGAGGGCGAGGCAGCAGAGGAAGGAGGAGGACGAGGGGAGGAAGGGGGAGAGGUGAGCCUGCGGGAGUGGCUGGACCGGCCGGGCCGCGCAGUGGAGGCGGCGGAGUGCGUGCACGUGUUCCGGCAGGUGGCUGAGGCGGUGGCCGUCGCGCACGCGCAGGGGGUGGCCGUGGGCAGCGCGCGCCCGUCAUGCUUCGUCGUGUCGCCGCCCUUCGCGCGUGUCGCCUUCAUCGAGUCCGCAUCGGGCUCCGACGCCUCGGGCUCGUGCUCGGGCUCCGACGCCUCCGAGGACGCCGACCCGACCGCCUCGCCUCCGCAGCGAGGCGACGGUGCCGGCCGGGGGGAGGAGCGCGCUGGGAAGGCGUUCCCGCUGAGGAGCGUGCUGUCGAUGGAGCUCAAUUGGUACACUAGCCCGGAGGAAGCGGACGAUAGCGUUGGAGGCGGCGCUACCUUCGCCUCCGACGUGUACAGGCUGGGUGUGCUCUUGUUCGAGCUGUUUUGUACCUUCGAAACUAUGGAGGAGAAGAUGCGGGCAAUGGCAAAUCUGCGGUAUCGUGUGUUGCCGCCACAACUGCUGCUCAAGUGGCCCAAGGAAGCAUCCUUCUGCCAGUUACUGAUGCACCCCGUGCAAGAAACAAGACCGAAGAUAAGACAUGGGGCACUGUCGAUUGGUGACAUGGAGUUGUUUGAAGAUCAAGAUUGCCUUGGAAAUGUCAGUGAGGUGCUACAGAGUGAUUUCCUUAACCAAUUGCGGAAUAACCUGGAAGAGCGCGAAGCGGCACUUAGGUUACGUGAAGAGAUAGAAGAGCAAGAAUUACUACUGGAUUUCCUUCAGCAGUUGCAGAAAAGAAAGCAAGAUAUAGCAGACAAUUUGCAGGACACUGUUGCCUUUCUCUCUUCUGACAUCAAUGAGGUACUCCACCAGCAAUCAGCUCUUGGACAGUGUGUAAACUUUUCAUCCGAUUUAGAUAAAGAGGUUUGCUCUGGAACUGUUGAAGAUCAGAGUGAUUGUGGAUCCAGGAAGCGUAGACCUGAGCUGCAAUCUGUUGACACGGAGGAACAGAAUCAUAGUCUGGAAGAAUGUUCCAGAACAGUGCCAUCCUCUGUGCUAAUUCAGGAAAGUGUUUUGUCAAAAAGCUCCAGGUUGAUGAAGAACUUCAAAAAACUUGAAACAGCUUACUUUCUAACAAGGUCCAAGUUGGCAAAGCAAGUUGGCAACCAAAUAAGUAGUCAUCAUCAAUUUGUCAAGAGGGCUACUGGUUCAGCUGUUGGGACUGAAGGGAGUUCAAUAGAUGAUUUUCCUUUGGAAGGACAAUAUGGUAGAAGGAAAAGAGGUUGGGUGAACUCUUUUCUUGAGGGAUUGUGCAAGUACUUGUCGUUCAGUAAGUUGAAAGUUCGGGCAGAACUGAAGCAUUGUGAUUCGCUGAACUCAUCAAAUUUGGUAUGCUCCGUAGGUUUCGACCGGGAUAGAGAGUUUUUUGCAACUGCUGGUGUAAAUAAGAAGAUAAAAGUGUUUGAGUAUAAUAUGAUUGUAAAUGAACAUCGUGACAUCCACUAUCCUGUGGUAGAGAUGUCUAAUAGAUCAAAAUUAAGUUGUAUUUGCUGGAACAGUUAUAUGAAGAGCCAUAUAGCAUCUAGUGAUUUUGAGGGUAUAGUGCAGGUUUGGGAUGUUACUAGGAGUCAAGUUUUCAUUGACAUGAGGGAGCAUGAGAGGCGUGUGUGGUCGGUGGACUUCUCUAUUGUGGACCCAACAAAAUUGGUCAGUGGGAGUGAUGAUGGUUGUGUCAAGCUGUGGGAUAUGAAUCAGGCUGGAAGUUUUGGCACUAUUAGAACAAGGGCAAACGUGUGCUCUGUGCAAUUUCAACCUGAUUCUGCUCGCUCCAUUGCGAUUGGCUCGGCAGAUCACAAAAUUUACUGCUAUGAUCUUCGUAACAUACGAGCUCCUUAUUGUACACUAGUUGGGCACACAAAAACUGUAAGCUACGUGAAAUAUCUAGACGCAUCAACAUUAGUAUCUGGGUCUACUGACAAUUCACUGAAGCUUUGGGACCUGUCUAUGAGUCAAGGAAGGAUAAUUGACAGUCCAAUUCAAACAUUUACAGGGCAUACGAAUACAAAGAACUUUGUUGGCCUUUCCGUAUCUGAUGGGUACAUUGCUACUGGCUCCGAAACAAAUGAGGUUUUUGUUUACCACAAAGAAUUUCCGAUGCCAGUUUUGGCAUACAAGUUCAGCGUCACCGACCCUAUGUCAGGCCAGGAGAUCGAUGAUCCAUCACAGUUCAUUUCAUGCGUAUGCUGGAGAGGGCAAUCUUCAACACUUCUUUCUGCUAACUCCAGUGGAAACAUUAAGAUCUUAGAAAUGGACUGACUCCACACGAUUGGAGUGUGCGUGUGCCCAGUUUCGGAUAUAAAUGGACCGACUUCUUACCAAGGGUGUGGGUGUGUGUGUGCCUCGCUUCAAAAUUUCUGGCACUUGAAUGCAGAGAGGCCAACAGGGCGAAGUGUAACUUCAUCUGAGUUGCUGAGCUGGGAGUUAGGUUACUGGUAGAGCGGUGGUAGCUGUAACUGAUUUAGCAUGGAUUGAUAGGAUAAUAGGUUAGCGUGAUAGCAAACUUAGCAUAAAUAGGAAAAGCAUUUGAGAUGUUCAGGGCCGAAGGAGGGGUUUUGUACAUCAUUGGUCAGAGGCAUACUUGUAUAGGCAAAUCAAUCCAAGUUUUACCUAAUAUGAGGCUUAUGCUCUCGCGUUUCUAUCUAUUUAACUUUGUUCC